GACAGUCAUUCAACAACUCAAACCACCAGAGCCAGCAGAUACAGAAUAACUGCUAAGGGACAUGAAAGACAAAUAAACGCUCCCACCUACCAGCAAAGCAAACCCAGGAAAGCCUGCAAGCUGCUGCUUAUGGUGAAAUGUGCUAGAGAACUCACCCAGGAAUCGAAACAAGGGACUGUGUAAACACAUGGAGAAUGGAAUGUAACAUUUAAACAAUGGAAAGCUGGUUGAAAAAUAGACACAAGUAUAAAACAACAGCAGUGAACUUGAGCAGGGCAAGAGUGAAAGAAACAAAAGAACCGCAUUUCAAAGAUGGGGAAUGAAUUAUCAGCUACAGAAAAUGCAGAGGGCAAUGAGGGCGAGGCUUUUGAAAACGGAAUACAGGCUGAGCCUAUUGCUGGGAAGCUUCAGAAUGGAGGUGCACAUGUGCAGCCCAUUGAAAUUUCAGUGAGCAAUGACGUUGCUGACUGUAAAGCAGAUGUCAAACAGAACACAGAGCUCUCCUCAUCACAGAAGACAAUGGAGAUGAGUUCCAGUUCUGGGCAGGAUUGGAACAAUGCAGGGAAGAACGCCAAGAAGACCAUGCCAGCUGCCAAGUCUCUUUUCUCACUGUCAUUCUCCACACCAGUACCAGUCCGUUCUGAAGCCCCCACUGCCACUGAUUCAUCAUCAUCAUCAGAGCCGGCCAAGCCUUCCAGUGGCCCAGAAAACCCUCCUGCAAACCAGUUCACAGCAGAGAAGACUGUGCAUCCUCAACUGCCCGUCCCGGAGCGAGAGUCAGUCAAGGCAGAAAAGCGUCCUCCGAGCCAAUCCUUGCUUCCUGACGUGUCCUUGAAAGAAUCUAAAGAAGCUCCAAAGCCUAAAGAGAUUGGCUUCUUUGACAAACUGUUUAAAACGUCAGACAAGGAGAAGGAAAGCAGCAAACCUGUGGAUGAAACCCAACCGGAGUUGAGCACUGAGGACAGCAAAGGGCCAGCUGCUACUGCGACGGCAAAUGAAGUGGUUCAAGUACAACUGAACAAUGCGCAGAGGGCUGAACCUGGAGAAGGCAGCAGCAUUUCUGUAAGGCUUCAGAAUUCCCAGAGCGAGGCUACCGACAGAACCAGGGACUCCACCGAGGAUUCAGACAGUGACCAGGACAGUUCAGGAGACGAGACUGCCGCAGAAGACAAUCCAGUCAUGAACUUUUUUAAAACCCUUGUUUCUCCAAGUAAAUCAUCCAAAUCUGAUUCUGAAUCUCAAGAUUCUCCAAAAGAAAAGAAAAAAGGGCUAGACUCUAAAGAAGCGAUGGCCGAGAAAGAGCAGAAACCAUCAAAAGUGGAAAAGGGCCAAGCCAGCCUGCCUGUCGCUCAGCAGCUUCCAGCGAAACCAGAAACGCAGCCUGCAAAAGAGCAGGAGCCUCCAGGGAAACAGAAGACAGACAAGGAGUCCUCACCCAGUCCAUUCAGCAAGCUUUUCAGGCAAAAGUCAAUGAAGGAGGGGUCACAGGCGGUUGAUACGAAAGCGAAUCAGGGAGAGCAGGAAGCAGAAGCAGCCUCAGAUGUAAAAGCUGUGAAAGCAGUCCCAUCGCAGUCUGCCAAAGAGGAGAGUAAAGGGACAGAGUCAGCAGCCAAGUCCCAGAAGAGUGGCCAGGCCGAGGGGCAGCAGGAAGGACAGGAGGCUCAGACACAGCAGAAACCAGCUAAAGAAGCCACGGCCAGCCCCUUCAGUAAACUCUUCAAACAAAAGACAGUAGCAGAGUCACAGACUGCAGAAGCAAAGGUUGAAGUUGACGCUCCAGCAACCACCACUGUCACUUCAAAUACUAAAACAGCAGAAAACUCAACUACAGCAGCCAAGGAAGGAGAUGAGAGCAAACCUGCCAAAUCAACCUUCAUGUCUUUCUUUAAACCACUGUCGGUCAGAGAGGAGGAAAAGGUUGCUUUGGAAGUAAAUGGAAAAGAUUCAGACCAGACAAGACUGGACUCCAAAAGCAAAGCCACGGCGCAGGAGAAGCCGAGCGCAGCCCCAGAAGCAAAGGAGAAAGCCCCCUCGCCCGAGGUUAGCAAGAAGAAGAGUGGGAAGCAGGAGAGCCUGCAGAAGCCCAAAGCCCUGGAGGCGUCCCAGGACAGCAAGUCCGUCUCAGAGGCGUCCCAGAACGGGGAGGAGAGCACCAAGGACACCCCCAGGAGGCUGGAGAAGAGACCUUCCAUUGGAGGCUUCUUCAAAGGCUUGGGUUCUAAAAGGAUGUCGGAUGUUGGGGUACAAACAGACCCUGUGUGCAUUUCUCCUGCUCAGAAAGCAAAGUGAGGAGAUCCCAGGGAGCUGCCAAGAAACCCCAAGAGCAUGCAGACUGUGAACUGAAUCUGUGGACAUCUUUACUUUAUCAGAUGAGCACUUGAGGGAAAUAAGCAGCAGGGUUAAAGGGAUGUGAUUGUUGGAUGAUAAAAGCAGGAUGCGAUUCAUGUACAAAAAAAAGAGGAAGAGAAAGAGUGGUUUUGAAAAGGUAAAAAAAUAUGAUUGUCUCAAAAGAAAUGCAGUUGGUCUGUGGUCUUGAUGUUGAAAUUGAUGGGCACACAAUUAUAAUCAAAUGUAAAGGAAUCGAUUGGGGCAGGGGGACGGGGGGGGGGGGGUAAUUCAUUUUUAAUUCCAUUAACAUUUUCACAUAAUUCUGGUCAAAAGAAGUAUAGUAACAAUGUGAAGAAAUGGUUUCUUUUCUUCUUUUUUUAACUCUGCUGUAGCAAAUACGUCAUUAGUUUGGUUAAUAUAUACAUUCUGAAUCAUAUUAAUUUGAAAAAAGUGUAACAAAAUCAGUGAAAAAGGUGCAGUUCCGAGUUGUGUUUUUAUUUUCAUUAAAAAAAGGGACAUAUUUAUAAUGCUCUUUUAAACGGUAUUAGAAAAUGAACAUCUAUAUUGCACUUUGCCUUCAGCUAACAUAAAUAAAAUAGCACUCAGUGACUUGCCUUUGUUAGUCUGAAAGUUGAAAACUUACAGUAUAGCAGAAACAGAUCUGUAUGCUAGGUUGUAGUGCAACUAGUAAUUUACAGUAAUAUAUACACUCGAUGUAUUUUGAAUCUCUUUCUUUUAGACUUGGCAUGUAGCUGAAGGAAACGCAAACGAGCAGUACAGCUCAAAAGAAAUGUCACUAGAAGUGAUUACUUGUCUUUCAAUACAAUUUCAUAUCACUAGUAAACAAGUGUGAGUAAUCAAUUAAUUGAUUGUAGAUCAGAUUAUUAAUGCUAUAUAUAUGCUGUAUUAUUCAAAAGAACUAAAAAAAACUGUAGACUGUAGGGCACCAUGGUUAUUAAUCAAUUAAUGCUUAAUUGAGGCUUGUGAAAUAAAACCUAUGGCGAUCAAUAAUCGAUAAAUCAAUACAUUGUUGCAUCUCUACCAAACACUGAGUUCUGGUCGUGAGAGAUGAGCCAGAACUUCAGGAAGUUAAGCAGUACUGAGGAGCUUGGAAACCUGUCAGGCACACAACUUCAGCACACGCUGGAUAGUUCUUGCCUGCCCAGCUGUUCCUUCCUCACAUCCAUGUUCUUCAAAAGCUGCACUGGAAGGAAGGGCCCCAGACCAGAGACCUGGUCUUCCUCAAGAAUUUAAACACUAGUUUGAGAAACUCACAGCCUGACCUUUUUUUAACAUUUCAAAGGAAGACUUUUUUUGUAAUUACAUUAAAAUGUUUCUGUGAUACCCUG